UUUUAGUUUAGUCAAUCUUAGCCGAGGAACUUAUUAACACAACUUUGUCAAGUACAUCAGUUUCUCAAUGGAUCAAGAAAUGGAAUUACCGCAAACUGACUUUACUGGCACUGACUCAGUUAUAACAAGUCAUCAAAUAGAGACAGACAAUGAAGCAAUACCAAGUGUUGCACCGACAACUGCGCCUGGUGGCCCACAGUCAGGAAAACAUGAAGAAUUCUCAGUAGAAAAGGUCCUAGAUAGAAGAAUAAAAAAUGGGAAAGUUGAAUAUCUUCUAAAAUGGAAAGGCUAUUCUGAUGAAGACAACACCUGGGAGCCGGAAGACAAUCUGGAUUGUCCGGAACUUAUUUCAGCAUAUGAAGAGGCGAGACUGAAGAGAGAAAGAGAGGCAGUACCUAAUGUGACAGAGUCUGUAGAAGACACUCCAACGAGAAAACGUUCUCGCAGAGCUGACAAGAAAAAAAAGAUUGAAGAAGUUGAAAAACCAAGAGGUCUCAGUCGAGGAUUGGCACCAAAGAAGAUUGUCGCUGGUCAACUAUUCCAUGGAACAUUAUAUUUCUUAGUCGAAUGGGAAGGUUGUAUGGAGUUGGAUGUUGUGGAGGGCCGUGCUCUGAGCGAGGCAUUCCCCCAC